AUGGCGCUGUGGGGCUACAAUCCCAAGCGCGUCGCCACCAUCAACAGCGGUACUUUGUGGAUUGGGAAGAGUCUGGGAGAGCAUUUGGAGAGUGGGGAUCAUGGGAGCUUGGAUUCCAGGAGCUAUGGCGAGCUCAUUCGACAGUGCAGCAGCGCCAGGGCUCUGGAGGAAGGGAGGCGAUUGCAUUCAAUCAUCGCGAGGAGCGAUCGGUGGCGGCACGAGACUUUUCUGGGGAAUUUGCUGGUCCAGAUGUAUGGGAGCUGCAAAUCUCUGGGGGAUGCAAUCUCGGUGUUUCGGGGAAUGUCGCGGCGAAACAGCUUCUCGUGGAAUAUCAUGAUCGCGGCAAAUGCCCAAAACGGGCAAUCUGAUUUAGCGCGAGAUGUGUUUCGCAAGAUGCCUUGCGUGGACAAUGUUUCUUGGACGAGCAUCCUGGCUUCUCUACUCCAUAGUGGGGAUUUUGGCACCGUCAAGAAGAUCUUUGACGAGAUCCCAGAACGAUGCGCAGUCGCAUGGAACGUGAUGCUCGUGGCGUAUGCCCGACAGGGGCAUCUUCUAGAUUUGAUAGAUUCCUUUGAGAAGAUGCCUUUUAGGGGUGUGGACUCUUGGAAUGUGAUGAUCAGAGCUCUGGAUCGUGAAUCCGCCAAGGUUGUCUUCGAUCGAAUGCCCGGAAAGGAUGUAAUCUCCUGGAACACGAUGCUCUCUUCUUGUUCUUCUUCUUUGCCAUCUUUUGCUAUGAAAUUGGAUCAAACGAAGCAGCUCUUCGACUGUAUGCCACAGCACGACGCAAUCUCUUGCAGCACCAUGCUCUCAGCAUUUGCCCAAAGAGGAGAUUUGCUGCGAGCAAGAUGCCACAUCGAGACACUCACGCGUGGAGCCUCUUGGUGGCGGCAUAUGCCCAAACCGGGCAUGCCACGCAAGCCGUACGGCUCCUCUGCCACAUGGACUCGGAGGGCAUAA